CAUAUCCAGGCUAGUCUCUUUCUCAUUCCAACUCUCUCUCUUUGCGGGAGGGGGUGCUACAGCUAAGGACAUGCGUGCAUUGGCAGUUGGCAAGAAGCUGUUUACUCCUUUACAAUAGCCGGCCACCCAUUUUCAGUAGUGCAGUAGCGUUCAGUGACUGUUACAGCCUUGCCUCCAAAAGCGACCAUAAAAUGUGACUACCGAUAUAACAUUGGCGAACUUUAUGAAGAUCACAAUAAUAUCAUGGUAUUUGCCAGCCCAUUGGUCACGCAGUGUCGGAUAGUCGUUCUGCUGGUGCUCUGUUUGAGAGGCGCUCCGUCUCCAGCACCUUCCGCUGGGUGCCCUGAGCGGUGCGUGUGCGACGAACAACUCGUGGUCCAGUGUUCGGGACAGCGACUAUCUUCAUUCCCCACCAACCUGCCUCUGGUCACGCGGCAGCUAAUUCUUUCCAACAAUCAUAUUGAUGAGCUCCCAGCGCUGCAGCUAAAUUAUUUAUCCGAUUUGGUGUACUUGGACUGCAGUAACAACUCCAUCAGAGAUAUCUCCGAAUCCACCUUUGGAAACCUCCGCAAGCUUGUCUACCUUGAUCUGUCUUACAACAUGUUUUUAAAGAUAGAGGACCAGGCAUUUGGCCCCCUGUCAAGUUUGGUGAUGCUUCGGUUGACGGACAAUCCUUUGCUUUCAGAGAUUCACCCCACGGCUUUCGCAGAGAACGUCGCGCUUCAAGUGCUUGACCUCAGUCGAAAUAAUUUGACCACGCUCAAUGUUACUUCACUAAUAACUCUACCUGCUUUACGAUCGCUCGGUUUUAGCGGAAACCCGUGGAACUGCGUAUGCGAGAUUGAGGAUCUUUGCUUAUGGAUGCAAAUUGACACCUUUAGAUUCCAAGAUGAAGGACAGACGGUGUGUGAGGGCCCUCCAGGCUUGCAGGAUCUCCGCCUGGCAGAGCUGGGUCUUCAUUUGCGGAUGCAGUGCCACCCAAGUUUUGGUCACCAAGACUAUCUUUUCUUUGCAGCUAUCGGUUUUGUCAUUUUUGCAGCUGGCACUGUGCUGGCCUGGCUAACGGGCGUGGUGAUGGUGCUCUUUGAACGAUAUGUGAAGAGGGAAGAUGGCCAACUUGAUUUAGAGAAGGAGGGGGUGAAAGAAGAAGGCGGGAGAUGAUGAGAGCUUGUGCAAAAUUAAAUCCAAAAUACGCAAGACCGCUUAAUCAAGUGUAGCACUGGCCAGAGGCUGGAAAACAAAACUCUGCUCCUGCCUGCCUCUGGCCCACUGUUUUCCCCAGGCUGCUGACAGAGGUAGUAUGCGGGGCUUAACGAUAUCACAAUAAACAAACAUCCUAACAACUUAUUUCAGAGAAAAAGUUAAAUAAAGACCAUCAGUAAUGUGGUAGUACAUUAUAUUAAUGUUUGUAUAACAUUAAUAAUGAAAUCAUACAGUUAUUGCAGGUAAUUUUAUGAAUGCUUACAUUCUUAUUUGGGUCUGUAAAUAAAGUGUGAUGAGAGAACA